AGCGCCUCUAGUAUUACCCAUUUGAAUAAAAAAUAUAGCAUAAUAUUCACCUUAGUAGAAAAGCUAUAUCGUCUACUCAGAAUAUAUGGAGAUGACAUUGCUAAUAUCAUAUUGUCGAGAUAGUCUACUUUAAGAAAAUGAGUCAUUUCACUGUAUCUAACGCAGAUGACAACAUCACUGUGAUAAAUAGUAUGAAGCCAACACUUGACAACAUUACUGUGAUAAAUAAGCUUUGACACGGCCAAGGAUAUCAGCAACAACUUUAUUUUUCUUUUUUCUCUUACCUUCAAUAGUCUAAAAGCUAUCAUCAGGUUAGUGGGGAUAACAGUCUGAUGAGAGUUCCUUAUAGUUCAAACACUUUAUAACCUAGAAUGAAACAUACUGAACAGAAAAGCUAUUUUGAUGGCGCUAACAUAACAAGGGUUCCAAUUCUACGGCAAAACUUGAAGCGUACUGCUAGCGAAAGCUCUGAGAAUCCUCCCUUAAAAAGGCCACGUCUUGUACCAGAAUCUCCUGAACUCUUAUACAACAGCUUCUUGCGUUCUAUUCAUGAUUAUAUAAAGGCCACCGUUGACUCCACUACUAAAAAAAGCAAAAAUAUGGAAAGGGAUCUUAACAAGUUGGAACAAAAGUUGCUCAAUAUCAAAGCCUUACCAAGAGGUGUCUUGACACAAGCUGCAACAUAUGCAAGCUGUACACCUACUGUCCUGAGAGAUUAUUUGGACAAAAAUUCCAUAAAAAAGAAUGAUGUAGUUUUUAAAGAAUACGUUGAAGGAAACUUUCAUUCUAUAGCAAGAGACCUAAGGGAAGAAGUAACAGAAAGGGAACACGACGAUACAGAACCCGAGGUUCAUUCUGUUGAUAUAGAGUAUAGAACUUGUAGCGUGGCAGUAAAUCGCAUAAUCAGAAACGAUCUACCAUUAGAGAUAAAACAAGCUAUUUUGGAAAAACUUGAAAGCACUCUUACGCAAGCCUCUGAUUACAUUAUAAACAUCACGUUCAUAAUGAAUAUGGUUCUGCUAGAGUUACGAAAUUGCGAUAUGAUCACAUAAGGCUCUUUUAAUAUCGCAAAUAUACUUCCAGAUGGCUUUUUACCCAGCCAAGACUAUACUAUAUUGCAUACCAUUGGCCCUCUUUCCGUAGCAGAUCCUUUUACGAAGGACUUUAACAUGCUUAUGAAUCAUCAGCACAUUGGUUUGAUACAUUCUUACUACUUUG